CCACAGCUUGGCGAAAUACCGCGGUCCACCAGCUUUAUUCCGUUUCCCUCUUUUGUAUUUUGUUGUCCGAGUCUGGACCAGUAGCGACCGGAGAGCUUCCAAAGAGGAAGAAAAUGGCGAACUCAGCCGCGGAAAAGACCCCAAUCACAGGGCAUGUCAUGGACAAAAUGGAGCACAGGUCUGCCAUUUCGGUGUCAUAUGCUGUUUAUCACUUGUCAACCAGCGGGAUUGCAGUUUCUACCGCGACGGCCGUAACUCAUCCUUUAGAUGUUCUCAAGGUUAGACUCCAGAUGCAGCUCAUUGGCCAGAAAGGUCCCUUAACUGGAAUGGGAAAGCUUUUUGCUCAAACAAUGAAAACUGAAGGGCCUAGAGCGCUUUAUUUGGGACUUGGACCAUCACUGACAAGAUCAGUUAUUUAUGGAGGUCUCCGUCUGGGCUUGUAUGAACCAUGCAAGUAUGUAUGCGACUUGACGUUUGGGUCCACUAAUAUUUUGGUGAAAAUUGCAUCUGGAGCUUUCUCUGGUGCCAUUGCAACUGCAUUGACCAAUCCAAUGGAAGUUUUAAAGGUACGGUUACAGAUGAAUUCGAACUUGGGAAGAGGGAGCGCUAUCAGAGAAAUGCGCGGAAUUGCAUCAGAAGAAGGAAUAAAAGGGCUCUGGAAGGGAGUUGGGCCUGCAAUGGCCAGAGCUGCUGCUCUGACUGCAUCUCAACUUGCAACCUAUGAUGAAUCAAAGCAGGCUCUGAUUAGGUGGACACGUCUUGAAGAAGGGUUCUAUCUGCAUUUCAUCUCAAGUGCCAUAGCUGGGACUGUUGGGACGCUCAUAACUGCACCAAUGGACAUGAUUAAAACCCGUCUCAUGUUGCAACGAGAAUCUAAAAGAGCUGGAAGUUAUAGAAAUGGAUUUCAUUGUGCAUACCAGGUGAUACUUACUGAGGGCCCCAGAGCGCUCUAUAAAGGGGGUUUAGCAAUCUUUGCAAGAUUGGGUCCUCAAACCAUGAUCACCUUUCUCGUCUGUGAGAAGCUGCGUCAACUUGCUGGAAUGGAUGCUAUCUGAUAUCCAAGGUAUCUAUUCCAGCUGCUGAAUGAUUUUUCUCGACUAUUUCUGCAGUUGUUUCUCAAUAUUUGCUGCUGGGCUGCUUUGGCUGCUGCCACCAAAUGUUCGAGCUGUUGUGAAGAAGGCAAUGGAAUGGACAUUAGGCACUGAAACACACACACACACACACACACACACACACAAUUUCUGAUUGUUGUUAUUUUAUAUGGGUGUAAUUAGCACUCGAGAUGAUUUUUUUUUUUUUUUGGCUCCUUACUCUUGCUCUGGUGGUAGCCUCUUAGGAGUUUCAACACCGGCUCAAGGGUUCGAGUACCCAUAGGUGGGAAAUCCCACUAAGGCGCAUGUGUGUGUGUGUGUAAAAAAAGAGA